AUGAAUGACCAAUUCAAUUCACCUCAGGUGCCAAAGUAUGCAGAUGAAGAAUUUGGCAAAAAUGCGCCGUCAGACUCGCAGCCUCAUAUGCAAGACGAUGGUGGAGAUGCAGAGACGCAUGAUGAGUCAUUAGAAGACAACCAUCCUUCGCAAGGCGAGUCGGGCAAGCACCCCAUACCCAUUCAAAAGAGACGGAGGGUGACCCGCGCCUGCGAUGAGUGCCGUCGGAAGAAGAUUAAAUGCGACGGAAAGCAGCCGUGUACGCACUGUACAGUGUAUAGCUAUGAGUGUACGUACGAUCAGCCCUCGAAUCGUCGCCGAAAUCCCACCCCACAGUAUAUCGAGGCAUUAGAAUCGCGACUGCAGAAGGCCGAAGAAAUUCUCCGAAUUCUAGCCCCAGACCUCAAUCUUAACGACCCUCGAUUGCUUGCCGCUAGCCCCGAACAGAUAGUAUCGGCACUUCGACGUGAUGACCCACGGGAAGCGACAGUCUCGAAACCGCAGGGAGAUGAUCAACCGAAACAAGAACCAGAAUCGUGUCCAGAUGGGUCUCUUCUCGAGACGAUGAUGGAAAAUUCUGGUUCUUUAGAUCUUGACGAUCAAGGUCACUGGGACUACCAUGGUCAUUCAUCGGGCAUUAUUUUUAUGCAACGCCUUCGAAAACAGAUUGGAAACGUUAUAACGAUGCCCUCGCGGACAUUGGUUAAAUCUGCGCCUCUUUUCCAGAUGCUCGAAAGUCCCAAGUCACAGUCGGAGUCUCCGCAGGAUCUUAGUAAUCCUAAUUCACCCCCAACUCAUGAUCUUCCUCCUAAGGAUACUGCAAGGAGGCUAUGUCGAAGUGCACUUGAUCAUGCCUGCAUUCUUAUGCGUCUCGUCCAUGAGCCGUCUUUCUGGGCAACUUUCGAGCGCAUAUAUGCUACCCCGUGGGAUCAAUAUACAAACGAGGAACAUACCUUCUUACCUCUCUUGUAUGUCGCCAUGGCCGUUGGUUGCCUCUUUUCCAACAAUGUCGAGAGCACUUUGGAUAAAUCGGGCUACGAGGGUGCUAUUGGCCAAGGUUUCCAAUAUUUCAAAGCGGGCCGUCAGUUGCUUGACAUCACCGAUUGUAGAGAUCUGACCACUCUUCAGGCAAUCUGCUUCAUGGUUCUAUUUCUACAAUCAUCAGCAAAGUUGAGCACCUGCUACUCCUACGUCGGAAUCGCUUUACGCGCUUCUCUACGUCUGGGUCUUCAUCGAACCCUCAACGCCAACUUUGACCCUGUCGAAAGCGAGCUUCGCAAGCGGAUAUUCUGGAUUGUCCGAAAGAUGGACAUUUAUGUUAGCACACUUUUGGGUUUGCCACAGAUGGUCAGCAACGAGGAUAUCGAUCAGGAGUAUCCGCUGGAUAUAGACGAUGAAUAUAUCACGCCUACUGGAAUACUUUCCAUGCCCAGUGAUCGCACGUCGUUUAUGGCAGGAGCAAACGCCCAUACUCGCUUAGCCGAUAUCAUGGUCAAAGUGGUUAAAUAUAUUUACCCCGUGAAAUUGACCAAAUCACAAUCCAAGGCAGACCAUACAUAUAUGGUCAGCCAUUCCAAAAUUCGGGAGAUUGAAAGAGACCUGCAAUCCUGGAUGGAGGAUUUACCUCCUGCUCUGCGACCAGGUAGCGAAGUCAGUCCCGAGCUAGAACGUAUGCGACAGUUGCUUCGGAUCAGUUAUGCUCAUGUGCAAAUGGUGAUGUAUCGGCCUUUCCUACACUACGUGUCCAACAGCUUUCAAGCGCAGGGCAUCGACAAGAGAUCUUAUGCAUGCGCAGCUGCAUGCGUAAGUGUUUCGCGAAACGUCGUACAUAUUACAACAGGCAUGUAUCAGAAGGGCUUGCUCAACGGUUCCUACUGGUUCGUCAUGUAUACGACAUACUUUGCUAUCCUUUCGUUGGUGUUUUUCGUUCUUGAGAAUCCGGACUUGUCCACUGCCAAGGAUGGUAUUCUCAAGGACGCUUUAGAAGGAAAGACUACUUUAGCCGCAUUGGCUAAAAAGAGUAUGGCUGCCGAUCGAUGCGCGCAAAGCUUAACUGGCCUCUUCAAGCAGCUCCCUGAGAGGCUGAAAAACAGACAAUCAGCAACCGGUCAUGUAAACCUGAAGAGAUCAUCGCCGUCGGAUACCACGACCAAAUCAAGGAUACAGCGCCCUGUGUCCAUGUCUUUACCGUUCGAUACCCCACAGCGUUCCAAUUCCUUCCCGACACAACUAGCGGCUUUGCAUGCAAGACAAUCAUAUGAGCCUAAAAAAGCAGUUGAUGAUAUGCGUGUCCCUCGACGGGCACAAACGUGGCUUUGGGAUGGCAAUUCCGACUCAGCCGACUCUACCGCAUCUCCUUCAUCUAUGUCUGCACUUUCCCAUGAUCAGAUCACCAGCCCGAUAGGCAGUCAAUACCUCAACCAAGCACUUACGCAGCAACCUUUUACAUCAACACAGCAACUUGGUGCUAGCCAGAUUCUUCCGGAUCUUAUGCCCAUAAUGUUCCCAUCUGGGGAUCAAUUUGCUUACCCUGCACAGCCUUUGUCCACUCUUGAAGACGAUCACUUCAAGGAUGACCUCCCCAACUCGCCCAUGCAGUUUACCCCGGACUCCUUUGCGUCAAGGGGACCCAAUCCGCUUAAUGGGAACUUUUCUCAACCGAUGACGAAUGGAUUUGAUGGGUUAUCCGGCUUACAAGGACUUCCCGGGCAAUUUCCAGGGUCUGCAGCAACGCUGGCUCCUCAACUUCAGCAUCUUGGUCUGCAAACACCCUCCACACACUCAUCGACACCGGACAAUGUCCAAAGUCCGGACUUGGUGUCGUUACCUCAUAACUAUGUGUGGCAGAGUUUUAGCCUUUCGAAUCCUACCGCUCCGAACGAGCAGACGUUGAAGGAACAGUCGGUUCCUGGAGGAAAGCCGACAACAGCUGAUACCGCAGGACCGGACGGCAUGUCCUCUCUGGGAAUGUUUGAUAUGGAUGUCAAUUUUGGCGAAAUUCUUGGUAAUAUAGGAACGAAUCCUGGCACAGCUACGAAUAUGAACGACGAAUGGAGUCAAUGGAUGAAUACAGGCGCCUAAGGUGAAAUUUUUUUUUCUUUUCUUUUCUUUCCUUGCAAGUAUACCCGCGCUCUGGUUUAAUGCUUCAUGAACUUCUAAAUCUCGGGUUUCUGUCAACAUGGACCAAUAAUUGCACAUUUUGUUUCGUUUUUUUGUUUUAUACUUGGAUUGUGCAUACUACUUUUUUCUGGUGUCUUGCAAUUAUUGUGCUCUUAUUUUAUUUUAGAUUCCCUAUAUUUGGCGUUGAGAUGUCGGGAGGCUGGAUUAUGGGACAAAAGCAUUUGCAUAACAUGACAAAAUGCAUAUGUGAGAUAUCAGUGUAAAUGAUAAAUCGAGGUCGAUUCAUGAGUAUGAG